CAGGAGCCGUGACCUCACAGCAUUUUAUAACAGGCGGCUAUGGCGGAGAUGGAGGAUCUCGACGACAAAAUGUCACCCAAAAUACUGGUGAUAGGAGCUGGAAUAGCUGGGCUAGCUACUUGUGACUACCUCACUAAACACGGGUUUACCGAUUUCAAGGUGUUAGAAGCCACAAGUCGCACUGGAGGGCGAAUUUGGAGUAAAAAUGUUGAUGAAUCCUGUGCAAUCAACAAGAAUGGUAUGGUGGAACUUGGAGCUAAUUGGAUUCAUGGAAUUGAGCGAAACCCAAUUUACAAGAUCGCUGAUGAGCAUGACCUUCUGCAGCUGCAGCGACAGGGGAACCUUUGUCAGCACAGCAUAACGGUAACGGAAAACGGUGAAUCCGUCCCCAGUAAGAUUGUGAAAGAGGUCGAUUGGGAGUAUGGAAAACUAAUGCAAAAGACGGAAGAAUUUUUCCAACAUGAUAUGCCGACGCCAUACGAGAAUGACAGCGUUGGGUCCUUCCUCGAUCGUGAGAUGGAACCAACCUUGAAGCGUUAUCAUGGCAAGGAUCGAAAACUACGCGAAUUGAUUUUCUGGAAUCGCAAAAAUCUUGAGACGUGCAUCAGCGGCUGCCACAGCAUGGAGGAGGUAUCGUUACAGGAAAUAGGCAGUUAUGAGGAGCUUCCUGGGAUACAUUACACGAUACCACCAGGCUUCGAGGCAAUUUUGGACAUUCUCAAAAAGCAAAUUCCGGCAGAGAAUCUCCUCAUGAAUCAUCCAGUGCGGACUAUUCACUGGAACCCCAAAGGGGAAGACGUUUGCGUAGAGUGUGAAAAUGGUUCCAAAUUCUAUGCAUCGCAUGUUAUUGUGACAAUCUCACUUGGCGUCUUGAAAGAGAAGGCCCGGACAUUAUUUAACCCUUUUCUACCAGAGUUAAAAGUAGACGCAAUAAACAAACUUGCGAUAGGCGUCGUAGACAAAGUGAUUCUGGAGUUCGAUAGUCCAAUCGUGGAACCUAACUUACGCAAUAUUCAGCUUCUCUGGGAUGAUAUCGAAAAUGAUAAUGCGGAUAUCAGUGAGUCAUGGGUGAAGAAGAUCCACUCUUUUGAUGUAGUCCAGCAAACAGUCUUGGUUGGCUGGCUGACGGGAAAAGAAGCCAUGCAUAUGGAGACCUUGAGUGAGGAAGUUGUUGGUGAGACUUGUGUGAAAGUCCUCAAGAAGUUCCUGAGAAGAUCUGACAUUCCACUUCCAAAGAAAGUCAUCAAAACUGCCUGGUACAGCAACCCAUACACACGUGGAUCAUAUUCGUUCAUCCCAGUUGGAGCCAGCAUCGAGGAUAUUGAACACCUUCAGGAGCCCCUCGUGAAUAUCAAUGGAAAGCCAAAUGUCCUCUUUGCUGGUGAAGCCACGCACACGUCGUUUUAUUCAAGUACCCAUGGUGCAUUGCUCACAGGACAACGCGAGGCAGAGACGAUCGUGAACUACUAUAUGCCAAACAGUGACUCAAGCGACCACGAGUAUUCUGCAAGUCCAAGUGGUGGAUGUAAAUUCCUAUUAUAACAACGGUAUGGAUUAGUUAAUAUCGAUCAAUCCAGUGUAAAGCAAACUUAAUGGAUGAAUUAGGAAAAAGUACUUGUAAUUUUCAUUAUAUUUAUUUUAGGGGGCGUGAGUUUGAUUGUUUUAAAAAAUCCCAUAGGUGAAAGAAGUUCUACCUCUCGGCCUUGUUACUCAUCGGUGUGGUGACAUCGGCGUCAAGUCCUUGCAUUACUGUUGUGAAUUAGAUUUACUGAAGGAGAUAUGACACUCAGUUGCUCCAACGCUGGCGUUCGUCUCUUGACGCCGAUAGGGCAACUUGGCCCUGUUCUAAACGAACCAGUAUGAAAUCAGCAGGUAUGCGUGAUCCCCGGUACUCAUACCUUGUAUCAUGCUUGUCUUGAUCUCAUUUGUACGACUUUCCCUACUCGAGGUCCGACUAAAUAUCAUGUGAGUUCAAUGAGAUUCAUAGAGAUGUUGUAUCAUUAGAUCUAUAAUGCUUUGUUCAUGGGAUGUUUUGUGUUCGUUUCAAACGCAACAUUGCUGAUUGAUAGUCAAUAAAUAGUCAUCAAGGGGAGUCUCCUCAAAGUAUAUUCGUCAUCAGUUGGAAGGUCGAUAGAAUCAGAAAAACUCAAGUUUUAAGUGGCUGUUUUUCCAUUAUGUCUGAAGUCUAGAUUGAUUUUAUAUAACAUAGUACACAUAUACACUUCAGGACACUCAUCUUAAUCUUAGUCAACUUGACAUUUGAAUUUAAAACAAACAAUGAGAGGAGAUGAACUUCGGUCAUAUCAUAUUGGUAGUGUGGUAAAGGUAUGUUUGUUUAUCAUGCCAGGUCUGGUCAUAUAUUUUAGAUGACUUCAUGAUUUCAUCUGUUAAAACAAAGUCAACAAAUUCAUCCAUUAAAGUCAUGUCAUAUCAUGUUGCGUUUUAACUUCACAAUCCCUCCUCCACUUCUCACUGGGAGGAAUCAUCCUGUGCAAACUGGUAGCUUAUACAUUCACCAGAAGUGCGACGUAUUGUGCUGUAAAUAUUUCAUGCUAUUACUUAUUUGCUUCAUUUGCUUGUCUUGGCCCAGGGACUGAUAUGAGGGCAAUUUUGGCUUUGGUCCAGUUGCCAGAGACCACUGAGUAAUGAAAUUGCCGGACGCUAACCAGAUUUUUCAUUGUUUUUCCAAAAUUGAAGGACUGCUAGCUUUAAAUUGACGAACACCUUUUGCUGCCAUCUCAGGACCGGAGACUUGACAUGCACAACUUGUACAAUUUAUGACCGUUUCGAACUUGACCAAAAAGCCACUUAGGCCUUCCUCAUCAUUGACGACCUGCUUACCUCCUGGCCUACUUGGAAGAUCACCAGUUUAGUGUGUCAGUGACUCAUGCUGUUUACGUACAUGUACCUAUGUCGUCCAUUCAUAGCGUAACUGUUAUGGUGCUUGUGUCUGAUCAGAGAGAACUUACCGGCAUAUUGCACUCGUAGACAUAUAAUGUUGUUUUGUGUAAAGAAUUACCUCUUCAAAGAAAUUCCUUGGGCGUAUGAAUCCAAUUCUAUGGGCGUAUGGUUUCUUAGAUCCUUUAGCGCUUCAGAUCUAUCAGUAUUCGAUAGUCACAUUUCAUUGCAACGUCAACAACCUAAAAAACACUGAAAGCUCAGUUGUGUUUUGACAGAAUGGAACAAUCAGAGAGCAAUUAGGCCUAUAUUUGCGAUUCUAUAGUAUAAUGGAGGCUUCCCGUGGCUGGUUAGGAAAGAGUACAUCAGGUCCUAUAAUUUCGUCAUCAUAAUUUGUGCCAUACACAACCAACAACGUAGUUCUUUACACUCUUUGAUACAAAUGUACUCAACACUUCAUAUACCGUAGUGAUAAAACGCAAUAUGAAAAUUGAUCAAACGAGUACGGAUUUUUUUUUCCAUUGCAUCUUCAGACGUCAUAAUGGGGCAUACAAAUAUGGCAACACAAUUGAAUGAACAUCAUGCUACAGUAAAUGCAUUGUGCGAGAGCGUGAUGUGGGUUGAGUUGUUUACUCAUGGUCGAAGAUUCGUGUCAUAGUAUCGUGGUUCUGACGUCAUUGAUUGUCUCAUUGCUUGAAGUGAAGCCUUAUUGACAUCAGGUUGCCAUGGUGACAGAUGUUAGACUGGAGUAGGCUGUGAGAACUGUUAAAAGAAUUUGAAAGAAGCUCAAUUGCAUGACAACAUGCUCGAUAGAUUGCUGGAAAGACCUUUUUCAAAGCACGGUGUCCAAAAUAGGCUAGUUUUCAAACAUGAGUGAACAUGUGUAAGAAAUGGAUGGUUUGAGGUCAACUGUUUUAACACUAUGUAAACAAUGCCAUGUAUAGUUCAAAACAACAUUUGUAUAAUUUCUGAUAACAAAUAAGUGAUCAGAUUUAUGUAUGGUUUUAUCAUCGUGUGUACGAGGUAGUGAUUCCGUCUGGACCACCUCAGACUGCUUUGUUUCUGAUAUUUCCUGAGCUCAGGUACUGGUAUGGUUGGAUCUCCAUGUUAUUUUAAUACAGGGUAUUCAUUUGUGAUCAGCUGGUACCUCCUGUUGAGCAGGAGAACAAAUCUGGUAGGUCGACUUAAAAUACUCUGACCCUGAAAUUCUUUGCGGACAUUUUACGUUUGCAAUCUUUGUGGCCCUUCGACCUGAUCCGCAAAAUUAACAAGCACAUAAAGAAUUUGACUUUGACUAUCAACUUUAUGCAUUACAGUUCCCGUAGUUCCCGAAAUAUAUAUGUGUGUGUGUGCGAAUUUUUGCAGUGAGGUCGUCUGCCACAAAUAUAACCAUGUCGCGAACAAUUCCCGGGUUACAGUAGGCCUUUAUCACUCUAUCUGAAGGCCAACGUCCAAGCACACUUUAUCAGGAGUAUUAUGCACCUUUCAGUAGUGUUUUACUUGUACUAUUUAGCUUAGAGUUGAUAUUUACUGUAACAUCGUCAUCAUGAGAAUUGAUUUGAGCUCACCCUGUACAUUAUAAAAGCUCAGGUUGGACAGCAAUAUACCUUCUCCAAGGGUUUUAUCGUAAACAUACCGAUGCCUAAAUGCAAUUUUCAGUUCCAGGUGUGAUUGUAUGUAUGAAAAACGUAUUGUAGAUUGUAAUGUAGAAAAGAACUUGUGUCCGUCUUCAAAACUAUAACUGGCUCACUCGAGAGCAGUUUUCAUCGUGUAUUGAUUUAGUAAAGUUUCAGGUUUACUUUUGUCUGUAGUUCAUGAUAUAUUGGAAAUACGAAUGUAUGUGUGGGUUACCUUUAGUCUUUGAACAAGUGUCUUUUUCAAUUAUUCAUCUAUUUUAGAAUUUUGAGGUCGAGUAGGUAACUGUAAAGCUUCAUUUCUUAACUCUGUGUUUACUGUCAACAAUCGUGGCACUUUCACGAUCCUUUAUUUCUCAAUGAGAACUUCAAAUGAUGAUAUUUAUUUCAACAUUUUAGAUAUGAAUGUUGAGAUUAUAUCAAUAUUUAAGAUGUUGAGGUUACAUUAACUUUCAAGUGAAGCUGUCACACAGUAUCUAUGUUGGAUCAAAAGAAGGCAAAGGCAUUAUAAUAAUACAGCUGAUUUUAUGUUGAAUGUUUUGACUCUGUUUUUAAGGCAAUGACCAGUGUUCUUCUGUAAGUUGAAAGUAGAACAUUUAUCAUAUUGCCAAUUAUUUGUCUUCAUUUGUCUUCAUUUCAUGCGGGUACAAGACUAUUUUAUUUCAUUCAUUACUUCAAUCGUGUCAUUCUGCAUGUGUUUAUGUGACUGUAGAUAUUGUGAAUAAGUAACAGAUAUCAUGCAUUUGUGGAUAGGAGAGAAGAAACCUAGUAUUUUCUCAUCAAAAGUCAUUGACAAGGUUUUAAUCUGCCAUUAAGGUUUGAUUUAGAUUCAAACCUACGCCAAUAGCAUCUGAAAACGCUGGAAUUGGAAUCUAUUCGAUUUGAAAAUUUUAAUGCCAAUGAGUCCUUGGUUGCCUUGUGGAUUUUAAAGGAGCCUAAAAUAUUGGUGCUAACAACUUCUCAAGCAAUUAUGUGUCCACCCAUCCCUUCUUCCUGAAGUAACAGACCUGAUUUUACCAAAUUCUGAUAAGUUGACUUGGGAAGAAUCCCAGUCUGUUUUCAGGUGCUUUUAGUUUCAUCCCCAAGACUACAAAUGUGAUCGAAUCCACUGUAAAUACAAUUUGACGGGUCCAUUUCUGCAGCUUGGGAUUUUUAAUGUAAAUGUAGGAAACCCUAUUGGUCAGAAUGGAUGUCUACCAAAGGUGCCGACGAUUAUGUUUACAUCAUCGUAGAAAGUUCCAUUGGUACUAUGUAAGUCCUACCGUUGGUGAUAACUUGUAAUAACUUUCACAAUGGCAUCUUUUGGUAAAACCAGCUGCUCUCACCAAUGGUGUAGCUGUUGUUCUUAGGUAAUAAGAGAAUAGUUAUUGACACUUAUAGAUAACUUGUAUGUAUCAAAUGAGCCGUGUAAAAGUUUUGGAAAUAAAGUGUCAUAAUUUAUUA